AUGAGGGUGCCUGAGCGGGAUGCGCUCAAUCGGCGACGCUCCUCUACACAACACUAUCAGACGUUCGAUACACCACCACCGAAAUCUCGUGGAAGACCAAACUCGGGCCAGUCUGGAUCCUCGGGCGACGAGUCAUAUCGCCAAAAUAAUGAAGGCCAUAGUCGACCAGAGCCAGAGCCUCUGCCAAAGAAGCAAAUGGCUGUACUGGCAAUGAUUUCCCUUUGCGAGCAGACGGCUCUCAAUUCUAUCAGUCCCUACUUGCCUCAGAUGGCAUCUGCUUUCCCCGAUGUGAAUUCCAACGAGGUGGGCAUGUAUGUCGGGAUAAUUGCAUCGGCGUUCGCCCUGGCGCAGCUCUUGACCAAUUACUUCUGGGGUUGGCUGUCGGAUCGAAUUGGACGGAAGCCAGUUAUACUGCUGGGUACUAUUUUGACAGCGGCGUGUUUUAUGGCUUUUGGGUUCUGUAAGACAUUAUGGCAGGCGAUUAUUGUGCAAGCAAUCACAGGUGCCGUAAAUGGCAAUCAGGGCGUGGUAUCGACCUGCCUCGGUGAAAUAACUGAUCGAAGCAACCAGUCAGCUGCAUUCACUUACCUGCCAGUUCUUUACGGCAUUGGUGGCAUCACUGGGCCUCUCCUGGGAGGACUGUUAGUGCUUGAUCGGAGUCCAUUCGAUAAGAGCAAGCCGAACCCGCUACCCUACCUCGCGCCAAACCUGGUGGCAGCAGCAAUCCUUCUCGUGGAUUUCGUCUUGACGAGCUUAUUUUUAGAGGAGAGUCUCGAAGAACCGGACGGCCUACCAAAGUUCGAACAACGAGUUCGCGACCUAUUUUCGUGGUUAUGGCAGUUUACUAGCUUUGCAAAACGCGCGAGCCAUCUACAACCCCCCAACGCCGGCGCGUAUCGCCCGAUACGUCGCGAUACAAUAGAGAGUUCGGAUCAUGAUAGUGAGCUAGACUCGGCUUCGGAGACAUCUGAAAUCUUCCCAAGCCGCCAUGAGCUUUCGAAGAGCGAAAUCUGGAACCGUGACACAGUGCUGCUGCUUUUAACAUACCUUAUAUUUGCGCUGUGUAACGUUUCAUUCAAUUCGCUUUUCCCAAUCUUUGGGCAAGCUCCACCACCCACCGGCCGCUCGCUUACCCCGUCAGAGAUUGGGCUUUCUCAAGGCUUUGCUGGACUAGUGACGAUGGUCUUUCAAAUCUGCAUUUUCGGGAAAAUGAGAGACAAAAUGGGGAACCGAUGGUCCUACCGAGCGGCAUUUUUCGGCUUUGUGGCCUCGUUUAUUUUCAUGCCCUUUGUUGGAUAUAAGGGCCAAAAUGACAAUGGUAAACUGAGUGCCAAGUCUGCAUUAAUGGCCUUUGAAUUGUGUUUUGUCCUUCUGAUCAAGACCGUUGCUUCGGUUGGUGGGCUGACAAGUGCACUCUUAUUGGUCACCAACUCUGCUCCUGAUAAUGCCGUCUUGGGUGCCCUCAACGGCCUUGCACAGACACUUUCUGCUGCUGGUCGAGCAGUGGGUCCGUUUUUUUCGGGUGGUUUGCUCUCACUGGCCACCGGAAUCAAACAUAACGGAGAAAUAAUGGCAUUCGGUGUAUUCGCUGCUGUGUCGUUUGUUGGCUUCAUCCUCAGUUUUGGCAUUCGAGGCCGAUCUCUCGAAGCAGAAGGGUUUGAAAGCGACAGCGAUGACAAUUACAAAUCCGACGACGAGGAACGCUCCAACUCGUGA